AUGGCAGAGUCUGCGAACGCCACCAUGGAGGCCGUCAAUGCCACCCUGCGCACUACGCUCGCUGCCACCACCAAGCUGGUGCUGCCCACGCCGGCCAAGCCCAUCCUCCCGGUGCAGACCGGCGUCCAGGCGCAGCAAGAGGAGCAGUCUAGUGGCAUGACUAUUUUCUUUAGUCUUCUUGUUCUAGCUAUCUGCAUCAUAUUGGUGCAUUUACUGAUAAAAUACAGGCUUCAUUUUCUACCAGAGAGUGUGGCAGUUGUUUCCUUAGGUAUCCUCAUGGGAGCUUUUAUAAAAAUCAUAGAAGCUCAAAAGCUGGCCAACUGGAAGGAAGAAGAAAUGUUUCGCCCAAAUAUGUUUUUUCUGCUUUUGCUUCCACCUAUUAUAUUUGAAUCYGGAUAUUCAUUGCACAAGGGUAAUUUUUUUCAGAACAUAGGUUCCAUCACUCUAUUUUCUGUGUUUGGCACAGCAAUAUCGGCUUUCAUUGUAGGUGGAGGAAUUUAUUUUCUUGGCCAGGCUGAUGUAAUUUAUAAACUUAACAUGACAGACAGUUUUGCAUUCGGCUCUUUAAUAUCUGCAGUUGAUCCAGUGGCUACUAUUGCCAUUUUCAAUGCCCUUAAUGUGGAUCCAGUACUUAACAUGUUGGUUUUUGGAGAGAGCAUUCUCAAUGAUGCGGUUUCUAUCGUCUUGACCAACACAGCAGAAGGUUUGACAAGAGAAAAUAUGUCAGAUGUAAGCGGAUGGCAAACCUUUCUACAGGCACUGGGAUACUUUCUUAAGAUGUUCUUUGGCUCUGCAGCACUUGGCACACUUACAGGCCUUAUUUCUGCAUUAGUGCUAAAGCACAUUGAUUUAAGGAAGACCCCCUCUCUGGAGUUUGGCAUGAUGAUUAUCUUUGCUUACCUCCCUUAUGGACUUGCAGAAGGUAUCUCACUGUCAGGUAUCAUGGCAAUCCUGUUCUCUGGCAUCGUGAUGUCUCACUACACACAUCAUAAUCUGUCCCCAGUUACACAGAUUUUAAUGCAGCAAACACUGAGAACUGUUGCUUUUAUGUGUGAAACAUGUGUUUUUGCUUUUCUUGGCUUGUCAAUUUUUAGUUUUCCUCACAAGUUUGAAAUGUCCUUUGUCAUCUGGUGCAUAGUUCUUGUUCUGUUUGGUAGAGCAGUCAACAUUUUCCCACUUUCCUACCUACUUAACUUUUUCCGUGAUCAUAAAAUCACCCCCAAGAUGAUGUUUAUUAUGUGGUUUAGUGGUUUACGUGGUGCAAUUCCCUAUGCCCUCAGCCUCCAUUUGGGCUUGGAACCAAUAGAGAAGAGGCAGCUCAUUGGCACUACAACAAUCAUCAUCGUGUUGUUCACAAUUUUGGUGCUGGGAGGAGGAACYAUGCCCCUCAUCAGACUGAUUGACAUUGAGGACUCCAAAGCACGCAGGAGGAACAAGAAGGACAUUAACCUCAGCAAGACAGAGAAGAUGGGGAAUACCAUAGAAUCAGAACAUUUGUCAGAACUUACAGAGGAGGAGUACGAAGCCCAGUACAUAAAACGCCAGGACCUCAAAGGGUUUAUGUGGUUUGAUGCCAAGUAUUUGAAUCCUUUCUUCACAAGAAGGCUCACACAAGAAGACUUGCAUCAUGGGCGCAUACAAAUGAAAACCCUCACAAACAAAUGGUAUGAAGAAGUACGACAAGGACCCUCAGGAUCUGAAGAUGAUGAGCAAGAGCUGCUAUAGCAAACAGGGGAAGGAGUACACAGAGUUUAUCAUUAGGGCAUCAAUGACUGGAUUUAAGUAAAAAGAGUUGGACUGCACAAAAGUGGAACAUUCAGAAUGAACCUUCUGAUUUCAGACUUCAGAUAUUAAAAAGAUCUGCUGUUCUUUAUAUUAUUAGUGAGUGACUGAGACCUUCUUAACACUGUCAGAAGCUGAACCGAAGCCAAAAUUUUUCAGAUUUUACAGCAGAGUAGAUUUUAUGCCACCUAUUAAAAAGCAGAAUCACCUACUUGAACUAAAGACAUUGUUGAAUGUGGGAUCUUCCUGGUGUGAAGUAUGCUGUAAAUGUAUGCUGAGUUCACUGAGUGACUCUUCAAAACAGGAUGAAUUGCACUUUACCUUUUAUAAUACUCAUUCAUAGCAUGAA